AUGUUUCUGUCUGUUGCGCCACCCCCAGGUUUGCUGAUAGCGGCGCCACACCGAUGCGGCAAAGUCAGGCGGAGAGGCAAAAAGCCUUCACCGUCAAAAUUGGAGCGGGAUGCCCGCAGGCAGCGCCAAUGGCGGGCGUUGCUUGGGGUGACUGCGGCCACUGUGGCUACAGGUCUUGCAAGCGCCGUUGACGUGCUGCUCCUCGGCAACUGCGGUCUUCUGUCGACUUUUUCUGUGGAUUGGAGCCAGCCAGCCGCUGGGCGCAUGCGGGACAUUUUCCCGCUGCCGGAAAUCCAAACUUGGCCGUCGACCGUGGAGUUCAUCUCGGACAUGCAGCCUGCAGCUUUGAAAGUGGCAAAUCUGUGCAUCGUGGGGCUCAAUGCCAUGUGGGCUGAUUUCAAGUCGCAUAAAUUAACGGCAGCUUGGCGAAGGGCCCCAACGAUAUGUCAACUUGAAGCUCAGAAGCAUGUGGCAGCGAAAACUGCUCGCAUGUUGACCCGCUUGCAAGCAGUAGCAGGCGACAACUGGGUUUGGCGAGGCGCGUUUCAGCACUUUGAGUCGGCAUGUUCCUCACAGUAUGAGCCUUUGAGAGGAGAUGCUGUUGACUUGCCGUUGCAGGCUGCCACGUGCGACCCUUUGCAGCAUAUUCCAAAGGACCUGGUUAGUGCCAUCAGCGAUUCUUCAGCGAUUUUUCCAGAACCUUUGCCACCGGUUCAGCCACUCGUGCCGGCGAAUGAGCAUGACUACAAGCAGUACCUCAUCCUCGUGGCCAGGGAGCUUGGAUGUGGGAAGCUUAGGCUACGCCGGCAUGUACGUGGGUUGGCCUCAGUUUUUGCUGCGGCUAAAGCCACGGAAGGCAGACAACGCAAGAUCUGGAAUGGUGCACAGCUCUCGGCGCUGGCAGCCAGACCGCCGCCGCCGCACAGGCUUGCAAACCCUUCAUCGCUGCUGGAUAUACAUGCUGAGACAGGGAAGCCGCUCUACUACUCCAAGCGUGACGCAGAAACUUUCUUCGACACGCUCAGGCUUCCGUCCGACCUGCAAGACUUCUUCGCACAGCCGCCGCUGUUGGUAAACGACCUGCUCAGAGAGACGGGCUUGGACCUUGCUGCGUUGAGUGGGCUCACGGACGACGCAGCAGGUGUUCAGUUAACUGACAGCGAGUUCGUUUUCCCGGUGCAUGUGGUCUGGCCAAUGGGUUUCAGUUGGUCCUCAGCAAUCGCGCAAGGAACUACUUUAGCGUGCGUUGCAGCUGCAGGCGUUCGAGAGGAAAGUGUAUUGUCCGUCAAUCACAGGCCUCCGAGCGACCAGUCCGAGUUGUGCUUGGUGGCUACAGACGACACCGUUUUCGUUCAUCAGACUCUUGAUCGAGGGACAUCCACUUUGCAGCGUUUCGAUGGUGCACUCGCUGCUGCAGGCAUUCCGCGAAAGAAGAGCAAGGAUAUAACCUUGGUUGAGCAGAUCACUGUAUUGGGGUGUGAUGUCAGCAGCCGCCCUCAUAUGGCAGAACCUUCACAAACCAAACUUCUGAGGUGCCUCGCUUGUUGCUUAGAUCUGCUACGGACGAAGUCGGCCUCUCCAGGGGCAGUCAAUGGUUUGUUGGGUUUGCUGCAGUGGUUCAGCCUCCUGCAGAGGCCGAUGUUCGGAGUCUUUGACCAGAUAUACGAGUUCGUUCGGCGAGAGCCCAACGUCAGACAGCCUGUCCCGUGCAACGUGCUGCGUGAGAUAGCGGUGGCCACGAGCUUGUUACCUCUCCUGUCCGUCAGUUUGGACAGGGGCUUUCACGAACAACUUCUGGCGUGCGAUGCUGCUCCUGAGUUUGGCUUUGGCGUGUCGGCGGUCAGCAGCAGCAAGCAAGAGCUUCAAGAGCUAAGCCGCUUGGCGGAGCGCCGGGGAGACUACGUGCGGCUGCAUGGCUGUGAACAGUCCUCGGGACCUUGUCGCUUAGGUUUUCCCCAUCGCUUGCGCUACCAGAAGUCUGAUUUUCGAACCGUCAUAUCCAGCAGAGCACGCUGGGCAGCGCACUCCGGAAUCUUAGAGGGGCACGCUCUCCUGCUGACCAUCAAGCGGUUGUGCCGCAGCCGUGCGAAGCACCAUAAGAAAGUGGUCGUGCUCGUGGACGCGAAAGCUGUCUUGGGUGCCGCGGCGAAGGGGCGAACCUCGGCGCCAGGGUUCCGUGGUGUCAUCAGGUCAAUCGGUGCACAUGUGCUGUCUUGCGACCUCCUUCUAAGGCUGAUUUACAUUCCGUCAGAAAGCAAUCCGGCAGAUGAGCCAUCGAGGGGGUGCAAGUUUUCCCAGCCUAACAACUCGCGCCGCUAA